GUUUCUGAUCAUAAAGCCCAGAUUCCUGUUCGUGCUCACUCACAAGGACCGCUCAGCGUGGAGAAGAUCAAGAUGAAGGAAAAAUAAGUGAGAGGAUAUUUUUUUGGCGGGGGAGCUGCUGGUCAGACAGGAAGCAGUGAGUGUGUUUAGCUGAGAGCAAUCAAGCGGAAGCUGCUUUCCUCUUUUUUUUUUUCGUACAGUAUUUCUUCUGCAUGCUUGCACAGACGAAACUGAACCCAGUCGAGGGACGAAAGCGAGAGUUAAGGAAGACAUUCCUGCAUUCAGGCACAAGUGAAGGUAAUGUGAGAGAUUAUUCAGGAAACCUUUUGCGAGAAGAGGAUCACCAUUUACAAGCAGAGUCUGCAGGUUUCACGGUUCAGGUGUCCGACGGGCCGCGAUGCUCGUGUGAGCUCAGAAGAGAUUGUCUGGACUCUUUAACAAUGGCAGCUCUGGCUGGAGAAAAGUCUGGGGCUGGGAAGGAGGCGGGCGAAGGACGGCUGUCCUGGCCGGUUUUCCUCCUGGCUCUGGCUGCCUUCACCUCAUCCUCUCUCUCAGCUCUGUCCCUGCAUCAGCUGGUGGUUCUCAGGGCCGAGGUGGAGGGCCUCAAGUCGGAGGUGUGGCGCAGGAAGGAAGAGGGCCAAGGGGUCAGACACAGGGGUCAGGGCGAGAACAUCAGCAGCAGGAGGAGCAGUCAGGAGUACCUGCAGCAGUCUGAGUCGAGGCCUGGCUUCACCGCCAUCCGGAGGAGAAGAAUGGUGCCGGGACCCGAGACUUUAGUUUCUCAGCCUUGCCUGCAGUUGUUGCCAAACCACAACAGAAAAAUGUUCACUAAAGAAAUUUCCUCAGCCAUCUACACAGGUCUCCCCUGGCAGGCCGGGCUGAGGAGGGGAUCUGCCCUGGAGGCAGAAAACGACCGCAUGCUGGUCAGAGAGGAGGGCUACUACUUUGUGUACAGCCAGGUCUACUACAGGGACGCCACUUUUGCCAUGGGCCACGUGGUGACCCGCUGGAAGAGCCACGUUGUGGGAGGCGAGCAUUCGUUUGUGUUUCUUUUCCGCUGCAUUCAGACUAUGGACCCCGACAACCCUUACAACACCUGCUACACAGGAGGUAUAGUGAAGCUGGACGUCGGGGACUACGUGGAGCUCCUGAUCCCCCGGCCCUCAGCCAAUCUGUCCCUGGACGGGGACUCUACCUUUCUGGGGGCCAUCAAGCUGGGUUAAACAUGUAUCACAUCAAAACGCCGUCUGAGGAGAGGGCGAGAAGCGACACGGCUCCGGUGACCUUUCCUCACUUUCAGCUGUCGUGAAGAAAAUCAAGAAGACAGCCUUUGCUUCACCAGCUGAGGAACAAGCUGUGUGACUCAACACUUGCGCCUGAGCUGAGAAAGAGGGAGAAAAAAAUUGAAAAAAAAACCACGAAAUCUUCACAGUUUGGCUUUGCUAUGCUCAUUUCUUUCACGCAUCCAGUUGUAUCAUUGUGAAAAUUGUCAGAAUCAAGUGUUUUCUUCAAAUAAAUAUAAACAUUACACUGUC